UUACAAGAGGAGCGUCUUUAUUGAAUUUCGUAGAUUGAAAAAUAUAAUUUUCCGUUUAUAAUAGCGAAAAAAUAUGGACAACUACGAAGAUGAAGAUACUUUUAUUCCACCAGUGAUUUUUACGCUUGCAGAAACCCUAUACGAAGGUUUGGAUUCGCAUCAGAAAGAACUAUUCCAAUUAAAGUACUUAAUAGAAAGCAAAAACCGUUACGUCGAACAACUGCAGCAACAAGCGGACGAUAUCGAUAAAGCUGUUGCCGAGGAUCGGGUCGCUUUAACCAAUUUGAACGACAUAGUCCAAGAGUAUGAUACGAAGAAUCCGGAAUUGAGAAGUAAAGCUAUUAAAGUUUGCGAUGUUCUGAAAAUAAUAUCGCAAGAUUUGAACAAUUCGAACCAGAGUUACGCCAGCUAUGUCAGCAGAAUCGAUUGUAUAGAAACCAAAUUACAAGCCAGGCUUAAGUCUAACGGCGAAAAAAUCGCCGAUCUCAACAAACACCUGAACGAUCUUAUGGCAAAACGCGAACAAAGUGCCAAAGAUAUGGAAAUCAAAGAACAAACAGCUCUUGCUGAAAACAGGGCUCUCAAAAAGCAUUUGGACUAUUUAAAUGAACUAACCGAGCAACAGGCCAAGGACACAGUGGAUGAAGAUGGCCUGGCUGUUAUGGAAGAAGAAAAUAGGGAGCUGGAAGAAAAAAUAAGGGUGUUGAGGGAGGAAAAUGAGAUGAGGCAGCGUGAGUGUGAUGAAGCUCAAUCCCUGCUCGAUGACGAAGCUACUUAUGCUGAUAUAGACACGAAAUUGGAGGAAGCCAACAAAAACAUUUUAGACAUAUCCGAGAAUAUUUCAACGGCAAAAGAAACCGAAAGUGAACAAACGAAAAGAAUUAAAGAAUUGGAAGAGUACGAAAACCAAUUGAAUGCCGAACUGAAUCGCGGUCAGAUAGCAUGGACGUCCUUAGAAAAUGGUCAACAAGAGUACGAGAACAUGCAGAAGAUGAUUGAUCAAAUCAAGUCGGAUAUUGAAGAUAGAAAAACUAGAUUGUCCAGAGUUGAGGAGGAUUAUUCGAAGAUGUGUGAGCUUAAUAAAAAGGAAGAUGAAAAUAUCGACCGGGCAAAACAGGAUAUCGAAAUACUCUCAUCAGAACUAAAAGAAGUAGAAUCAGCCAUAGACGGUUUCAAAACACCAGACCUUCUAGCUGAAGAACUCAAUCUCAUCGAAACGAACAUCGCCGAAACACACAAAGAAAAAGACGCCCUCCUCAAAACCAUGGAGCAGAAACAAGAGGAAUUUAACUCACUCUCGGAAAAAGUGAAAACCCAGAAACACACCAGCGAAAUGGAACUGUUCGCGUUGCACAACUCCAACCUCACCGAACAAAAAAUGGCGGAAAAAACCCUCAACAGUCUGAAGCAAAAGAAGGCGCAGCUGGAGAAAAAGGCCAAGAGCAGCGAUGCCGAGGUGAAAGAACUGGAAGACACGCUCAAGGAACUGAGAAUCAAACAGAAACAGCUGAUCGCCGACGGGAAACAGCUGGAAAAGGGACUCUUAGAGUCGAGGAAGACGCUAGCUGGUUUGGCUAAUAGGAAGCAACAGCUUAGGAGGGAAGCACAGGCUAAAGCCAAGGCGCAGGGGUCCAAGUCGAUGGCGCGCCCUCAGCCGGUGGUGCGUCCUCAGCCGAGAGCGCAGAUGCAGAGACCGGCGUCUUACGUGGCUCCUAGGCAAGCCGAGAAACACUGGGACAGUGACAGUAGCAUGGAAGUAGAACAGAUUAAAUUUGACGAGUUUUUGAAAAGAAAGUUUAGAAAGGAGAAGAAGAUCAAAAAGGCAGCAUAAUGCAUAAUUCUACCAUGGUUUAUCAUAAAAAGGAGAUUUUUCAUAUGUGUAAGUACUUACUACUUUUUUGAAUAUUAAUCAUAUUAUAAUUAACAACUUAAAAUGA